UUGAUUUGUGACAUGGUUUUGUGGUGAAGUUCCUGGUUGGGAAAAGAAAGAAAAACAAAGAGAGAAGAAGCAUGGUGUUGAGGAAAGUAGGCAAGUAUGAGAUUGGGAGAACCGUCGGGGAAGGAACCUUUGCUAAGGUCAAGUUCGCUCAGAACACUGAAACUGGUGAGAGUGUCGCAAUGAAGGUGCUCGAUCGUAGCACCAUCAUCAAGCACAAAAUGGUCGACCAGAUCAAGAGGGAGAUUUCUAUAAUGAAGCUAGUCAGACAUCCAUAUGUUGUUCGUCUAUAUGAGGUUCUAGCAAGCCGUACCAAGAUUUAUAUCAUAUUGGAGUUCAUUACAGGUGGUGAACUGUUUGAUAAAAUUGUACACCAUGGGCGUCUUAGUGAAGCUGAAUCUAGAAGAUAUUUCCAACAGCUUAUUGAUGGUGUAGAUUAUUGCCACAGUAAGGGAGUUUAUCAUAGAGAUUUAAAGCCUGAAAAUCUUUUACUUGAUUCACAAGGAAAUAUAAAGAUUUCAGAUUUUGGUUUGAGUGCAUUUCCUGAACAGGGGGUUAGUAUGCUUCGGACAACUUGUGGAACUCCUAAUUAUGUGGCUCCUGAGGUACUCAGUCACAAGGGUUAUAAUGGUGCUCUAGCAGAUGUUUGGUCUUGUGGGGUUAUCCUCUAUGUUCUAAUGGCUGGUUAUCUUCCCUUUGAUGAGCUUGAUCUAACCACGUUAUACAAGAAGAUUGAGAAAGCAGAGUUUUCAUGCCCUCCUUGGUUUCAUGUGGGAGCAAAAUCUUUGAUACAUAGAAUUUUGGACCCAAAUCCUGAACAUCGUAUAACCAUUCAGCAGAUUAGAAAUGAUGAGUGGUUUCAAAAAGGCUAUGUUCCCGUCAGUCUCCUUGAGUAUGAAGAUGUAAAUCUGGAUGAUGUAAAUGCUGCAUUUGACAAUGCCGAGGAUCAGAGGGCUAAUCAACAAUGUGAGAAUGAGAGCAGGGGUCCCCUAAUUCUUAAUGCAUUCGACUUGAUAAUUUUAUCUGAAGGCUUAAACCUUGCAACACUCUUUGAUAGUAGACAGGACUCUACAAAAUACCAAAAGCGCUUCAUCACUCAAAAGCCUGCAAAGGUGGUUUUAUCGAGUAUGGAAGUUGUGGCACAAUCAAUGGGGUUUAAGACGCAUAUUCGCAACUAUAAGAUGAGAGUAGAGGGUAUUUCAGCGAAUAAAACUUCUUAUAUCUCAGUUAUGCUGGAAGUUUUUGAAGUUGCUCCCACAUUUUUCUUGGUGGACAUUCAGAAAGCAGCUGGAGACGCAGGUGAAUAUCUCGAGUUCCACAAGAAUUUUUGUAGCAAUCUUGAGGAUAUCAUCUGGAAACCGCCUCAUGAAACAAGCAAAUUAAGGAUCUCCAAGACUAAAAGCAAAAGACAGUAGUUUCAUCACCUGUGGUAUCUUCUGCUCUGAUUGAAAAGAAAAGGAGAAAAAACAAAAGCUAUCUGCUUAUGGAAGAUACAUUGGGGUUUACAAGUGUUCACAUAGAAUAGAAACACCUGAGCCCUGCUUGUAAAGGUUAAAAAGCCAGCUCGGCUAAUCCAUCCAGGCUUUUUCUAUCCCUAUAGAAGAUCAAAUUACAUUCUAAAGAGAAAAGAUUCACGAAAAUUAUAUAUCUACAAUUUUGUAAGGUUGGUUUGUAAAUCUCAAAAAAUCUCUGUUUUUUUUGUCCUACCAUUACAAGGCAUCCUGGUCCUGUAGUAAGAGUGAAGUGUUGAUUGAAUAGUACGAAUCUUAUUUCAGGUUUUUUGUCUCAUCAUAACAGUCACCACUACAGUAUAUUGCA